CAAGUUUCAGAUAUUCUUAAGAACAAAGAUCAAUGGUUAUCUAUUGAAAGUGAAAUAUUAGUAGCCAACUUUAAAAGAAUAUAUAGAGUAACAUAUGAAAAUAUAGAAGAAGCUAUAAAAAUUUGGAUAGAUAACAUAUUGUCUCAUGACAAAUUAAAUCUAUCAGACAGAAUACUUAUUGAAAAAGCUAAAGAAUUUGCAAUAGAGUUUAACAUUUCUGACCAGUUUUUGGCUUUAACCGAAUGGGUUAAGGAUUUUAAAUGA